AUGAACGAAAAUGUGCUUCAUGGCAUUUCAGGAGCUACUAGUUCUCUCGUCGCAAUGGCAUUACUUCACCCUUUAGAAGCACUUCGGACAAGAAUGCAAUCUACUCAUUCCAAGGUAGACCUAAUCAGUUUUUUGACUGAGCUUCAUCGCAAAGAUGGACUUCUCUCACUUUAUUCUGGAUUUCUAUCAUCCUUAAUUGGCACAACCACAAGCUAUGGGAUUUAUUUCCUCUGUUAUCGUGCAGCCCAACGUAGCUUAAUUAAAGGGAAACACUUACUAACUACACUUGACGAUAUAUUGGUUAGCUUAUUUUCGAGUGUAAUUUCAGUGCUCAUAAGUACUCCUCUUUGGACAAUAAACACUAGACUAAUGAAAGGACAGUCAGGAGGAAUCAUUUCUUUAUUUAAAAAAAUUUUGCGUGAAGAAGGUCCCCAAGGGCUUUUUAAAGGUAUGUCUGGAAGCUUAAUGUUAUGCUUAAACCCAAUAAUCCAAUACGCUGGCUACGAAUAUGCAAAAAAAAAGCUGUUGAGAAAUAAAAAUGCAAGUGCCUUGGUUUUCUUUAUUUUUGCUGGUAUAAGCAAGCUGCUGGCUACUUUUGUCACCUAUCCGAUGCUAACUUUGAGAACGCGCGCACAACUGGAGGUAAAGAAGAACUUAAGCAUUGCUGAAGUAUUUGCUGACUUGUUAAAAAACGAAGGAAUCUUUGCAUUAUAUAAAGGAUUAUCUUCAAAAGCUGUGCAGACAGUGCUGAAUUCGGCUAUAAUGCUUUCUACUCAUGAAAAGCUGACAAGGCUGCUUGUCAAACUAUUAGCUGCAAAGAUAAAAGUAGGAGUUAGAUCUACUUAA